AUGAUUGCCGCGCAGCUCGGGAAGUGUUCGGUCAAUGUGGAUGUGAUCUCCGAGCCCAACGAUGAAGGUGGUUGGAUGGUUCUGGAGAUCACUGCGGCUGGUUUCGGGUCUGGAGACAUCCUGCUUCAUUGGGGCGUUGGCAAGCAGAGCGCCGAAGAAUGGAUCGUGCCAGUGGAGAUCCAAGCGCGGACCACUCCAGCAGCUUCUCGUGUUCCAGGCGCUUUGCAAACGCCUUUUCCACCACCUGAUGGACAGAAUGUGCGAAAAGUUCGCUUGGAGAUCAACAGCGAUGCAGACCUGAAAGGCUGCCAAUUUGUGCUUCACAAGAAGCCCAAUGAGUGGCUGAAGAAUGGCUCCACCAAUUUCCUCAUAGACUUUGCAAAGGUGGCAGAGAGCAGAUCCUUCCGUGAUUUGGUCACAGAAGCUGCGAAGCAACAACCCACAGCGAAGGUCUCUUGCUACAGCUCCAGUGGAGUUGAAGUGGCUAUCAUCGCCGCUGCAAAAGGGGGCCACUGUGACGUCGACGCCAUAGUCCGCACGGACCGUGAUUUGGUGCUUCAGUAUGGUCCAGCUGGUAAAGACCGGCGGUGGACCUCAUCCACCAGGCUCCACCUGGAGAAGGCUGGUCAAGUCUCAAAGGGCAACAUCAAAAUCGAUGCGCAGAACUUGAACAAGUACUUGAUGUUUGUCUUGCACGACCCCUCCGUAAACCAGUGGCUGAAGGAUGCUGGGAGGGACUUCGCCUUUGAACUUCCAGAAGAAGUUUGUAAAGCGCCAGAGCCGGCCGUAAAGGAGAGCUUUCAGCCAAAGGCUAGGCUAGAACGGCGGGCCUCAAAGCUCUUCAGCACUUUUGUGGAAGAUAUCCAGAGGGCUGAGCCUGAUGCCAAAACCACUUCUUGGCAAGUGCCUGGCACCGACAUCGAGGUUGUCCUUUUGGCCACAGCGACUGACACUGAAUGCCACCUUCAAGUCCUUGUGCACUGCUCCGUUGAGCUGGUGAUUCAGUAUGGUCCGGCUGGACCCGAUCGGGCAUGGAAGUCUUCCAAGCGCCUGCCUUUGGUGCGAGCGGGCACGGACAAAUACGAGGUCUCCUUCAACAUUCCUGCAGCGGAGGUGGACGCCUACAUCAUGUUUGUCCUACAUGAUGGAGCUGCAAACCGUUGGAUCAAACAUGGACCUCAUGACUUCGAAUUCGAGCUCCCAAGGCAUCAGGAAUGGGACAGAGCGAAAAGGGAGGCUGAAGCUCGUAGCGAAGAAGAAGCAAAACAAGCGCUUGCUGGAAAGGACCAAUUCAUCGAGGGCAGCCGCCAAAGAGAAGCUCGAGCGGACAUCUCAUUUGUAUCUUUCCCUCUUCAAGGUGACUUUGGCAUCAUGGAUGUAUCUUGCAUGAGCCAUGGAGACAAGGCAAAGGUGGAAAUUCGGGGUUGGCUCCAUCCUCGUCUGGGUGAAUGCUUGAUGCACUUUGGUGUUUUCGAGAGGCCCCAGUCUCGUCAGUGGACGUCAGCAACUCAUAUCAAGUGCGUCGACUGGCCUGCAGAUCUGACAAAGGUGGAUGACAAGGCCUGCCGCAUGAAGUUGCAGAAACACAGUGAAAAAGGCGUCUAUGGGAUAGAUUUGAUGGUGACGGCGCACACCGAGAUGGAUGGAUCUGAGACGCUGGUUCAGCCAGACAUUGGAGGUCUGGGCUUUGUGCUGAAGACCAUGCAUGGUGAUACAUGGAUAAAGCCCACUGAUGGCGGUGAUGCAACUGUUCGUUUUUCCAGCAAGGGUCGCUGGAAAGGACCUUGGGCACAGGUGGCAGAUAAGAUUGUGGAGCAGGAAACCACCUGGAGCCAAAUGUCGCUGAAGAGGAGAUAUGAGAACUGCUUGGACUUCUUGGAUCAAUGGGAAAAGAGCUCACAGGGCUUGCACAUGCGUCGACUGGCUUCCUGGACAACACUUGUCCAGGUGGAUUCAAGCAAGGCUGUGUGGUCCAGAAUGCCGUCCAUGCCUCUCAUUGGAAUGUCUGGUGAAGAAGAGAACAAUGAAGAAUUCUGGAGUUGGAUCUUCGUGUGGCAGCGCUUUUCCUUUCAGCAACUCCUGACGUGGGAGCGAAACACGUGUACACAGCCGCGAAUGCUCGCUGGAACGACGAAUCAAAUUACACAACGUUUGGCCGAGCUGUGGAAGUCCACAGCCAGCUGCCGCUUGUGGAUUCGUUGGACGCUCUCGACCAUGGGCCGCGGAGGGUCUGCUGGGCAACAGAUCCGAGAUGAGAUCUUGGUGAUUAUGCACGCCCAUGACAUCAAGGAGAUCCAUGGGACCUACUAUGAACAGUGGAAUCAGAAGUUGCACAACAACACCACACCUGCGGACAUCGGCAUUUGCAGAGCCAUCAUUGCUUACCUCAGAAGUGGUGGCGAUAUGGGCACUUACUGGAAAGUGUUGGGAGAGCAUGGCAUCACAAAGGACCACCUUAGCUCCUACAGUCGACCGAUCACCACCGAACCCUACAUGGUUCAAACAGAUGUCGGCCGCCUCAUCGGUGACUUUGAGCCGUAUUUGGGAAUCCUUCGCAAUGUCCAUGAUGCUUUAGAUUUGCAGCUGGCCUUGGAUCAUGCCAAAGGCUGCCUUCCUGGCCAUGUGCAAGGAAAACUUCAGGACAUUUGCAACAUGGGUGGAACCGGUUUCGGCAGUCUUGAUGAAGGCCAUGGCAAAUUCAUGAAGAUCUCUUCAGCGCGAGAUGACCUUCUGGCAAUCCUCAACAACAAGGGAACUGAACCAGCAGUGAUCAAACAAUUGCUCGUCAUCGAUUACACCUUGGAGACGCAACAGAGCGUCUUGGUGCAGGGCCUGACAGCAGAAACACGCUUGCCACAGCUUUGCGAGCAGCUUCGGGCCUUGUUGACAGCGCUGGUUGGGCAUUUGCCACAGGAAGAUGAAUUGCAAGCGCUCUUGGCCGAUUGGACCACGUUUUCCGAGAGUUGCUCCCACAAACGUUGGAACAGUCCAGAGGAGAGCGCACUCCUCCUGAAGGCACUAUGUGAUCGUACCAGCCGAGUUGUUGGAGAACUCAGCGACAAGUGCCAAACCUUGAUGGGUCCGAAAGCCGCCUUCUUGGGUGCUGCAAUAGAUGCGCCGAGGAAGAACAUUGACGUUUUUGUCGAUGAGGUUCUUCGUGGGACCUCUUUGAUGGCCGUCAGCCUCAUCUUGCAGCGGAUGGAGCCUGUACUCCGGGACAUCGCGCACUUGCCCCCGUGGCAAAUGAUUUCUCCCAUUGACAAGCCCAUUAAGGGUGUCUUGCAGCUGAUUGACAAGAUGACUGGAGUGCAGGGAGAAGUUUUCCACACACCGACGAUUCUUCUCAGCGGAGCUGUGAGUGGAGAGGAGGAGGUGCCCGAUGGCGUCCUCGGUGUUCUGGUCCGAAGUGCCAAGGAAGCACCGGAUAUUUUAUCCCAUUGCGCCGUCCGCGCGCGGAACUUUGGAGUCUUGCUUUGCACCUGUUUUGACCCCAAGAUUUCGGAAAAGCUUGCAGCGGACUUUGCCAACAAAUGGAUUGAAGUCAGGUGUAAAGCAGAUGGGUCUUUGGUGGUGGCCGCUUGUGAGAAGCCGGCCACGUUGGAGGCCACACAAGCGGCGGCCGAGGCUGAGCAGGCCAAGGCUGCCCAAGCUGAAGUAAAGAUGAACCUCACUGAUGACCUCAGCUGCUCAUGGUGUGUCCGCCCAGAUGAGAUGAACAGGACAUCUGUGGGUUCCAAGAGUUUGAACCUGGCGUUGCUUCGACCCAAACUCCCAGCUGAGAUCUUUACGCCACAGGCAGUUGCUUUGCCCUAUGGAACGAUGCAGAAGUCGCUGACAGAUGAUGCCAACAAACAAGUGUUGCCUAUGCUACAGAAGGUCCUGAACCGGUUACAGCCGCAUACUUCCAAUGAAGAUGCACAAGUUAUCUUCGAAGAGGCUCAACAGAUUAUCGAGUCGAUGAAGUUCCCAAAGGCACUAAAGGAGGCCAUGCACAAGGCCAUGGGAGAGGUGGGUGCCAAAGAUGGAGAGGAGCGCCUUACCAAAUUGCUGCAAGCUUGCGAAUGA